AUGGCAACCCUAGACAAAGAAGCCAAUAGAGAUAACCAUGAAGUGGCAGACCUUAAGAGAUCUGAACUUCUCGAGAUCGAUGCCACCCGUGACCUCACCGUCGAAGAGCACAAUCUUAGCUUCCGUGACGCCGUUCGCCAGUAUCCAUGGGCCGUCUUCUGGGCUCUUUUCUUUGGCAUUGCCGUUAUAAUGGCUGGCUUUGAUGCCCAGAUCAUCACUUCUUUCUACGCCCUGCCCGCAUUCCAAACAAAAUAUGGUGAGCGGGUUCAUGGCGGCGACGGCUAUGAGAUUUCUGCGCCAUGGCAAACGGCUCUGGGAAUGGGUAAUCCGAUUGGUCAAGUUCUUGGAGCACUGGCCAGUGGUUAUCCCCUCGAGAUGUUUGGUCGAAAGAAGACAUUAGCUAUCUGCUGCGUUUGGUCCAUUGCCUUGGUCUUUGUGCAGUUCUUCUCCACAAGCAUUGGCAUGCUCUGUGCGGGCGAGAUUCUCGGUGGCUUGGCCUAUGGAUUCUACGUCGUCAUUGCACCAACGUACGCCUCAGAAGUGUGCCCACUGGCACUGAGAGGCUUCCUCACCACAUCGAUAAACAUGGCGUUUGUGAUCGGUCAAUUCAUUGCCCAAGGCUGUGCAGCUGGUGUAGAGACCCGUAUGGACGAGUGGGCGUACAAGAUCCCUUUUGCGAUCCAAUGGGUCUGGCCAACGAUCCUUCUCGCUGGCCUACCCUUUGCUCCUGAAAGUCCGUACUGGCUGGUUCGCAAAGGCCGACGUGAGGCAGCACGUGCCGCGCUCAUGGGCCUGUCCUCAACCGCCAACAGGCCCGAUAUCGACAAGGCUCUUGUGGGAAUCGAACAAACAGAUCUUCUGGAGCAAGAAAUCGAGUCGUCUACGUCGUGGUUGGAGUGCUUCAAGAGUGCGAAUCUGGUUCGCACCGAAAUCUCAGUUAUGGUCUACCUGAUUCAAGUCAUUGGUGGUAAUCCGCUUAUUGGAUAUGCAACAUACUUCUUCCAAAAGGCCGGCCUGAAUCCCUCUGAUUCUUUUAACAUGGGUGUUGGUAACACCGCUCUAGGCUUUACUGGCACGGUCCUCUCGUGGUUCUUACUGAACUGGUUCAAGCUUGGUCGACGCACGAUCUAUAAUGCGGGUAUGAUGGUUAUGACCACUCUCCUAUUCAUCAUCGGCUUCCUUAGCAUCUCGAGCACUACCGGUGCUAUAUGGGCAACAGCCACGCUGAUGGAUAUCUGGACCUUUGUGUACCAAAUGACUGUCGGUCCCAUCUGUUUUGUUAUCAUUUCCGAGAUCUCAGCUACCCGUCUUAGAGAAAAGACCAUUGCUGUGGCUACAGCAGUGCAGGCUGCCGCCUCCGUCGUGUUCACAAUCGUCAUGCCUUUAAUGCUCAAUACUGAUGAGGCCAAUUGGGGCAGUAAGACUGCUUUUCUCUUUGGUGGAAUCAGUCUUGUAUGUCUUGUCUGGUGCUAUUUCCGGCUCCCCGAGAGUCAGGGUCGUACAUUUGAGGAGCUGGACAUCCUUUUCCAGAGGCGCGUUCCUGCUAGACACUUCAAGAAGUUUGAUCUACUUAACGGAGUGGAAGAUGUUGUGAAUCAUCCCGAGAUGGUUUCCAACAAGUUGAUUGUUGCUGCUUUUGCGGCCCUGGCUUCAGUGGCCAAUGCAAGCCCCUGUAAACCGUCAUUUACCAAGGCCAUUACUACGUCUGCCACCGAAACUGCUGGAUCUUCCACUUAUGUCGAGACCAGCACUGCGAUUACUGAGAGCGAGACUGUGAUUAGGAGUGAGACAGCCACUACAGCCACCACAGCCACUGAUGCUACCACGGAGACCCUCAGUACUGAAGCAUCGACGACUGUUGCCGAGGGUGCUACCACAACCACGACAGCCGGUGAGCCUCUUCUCACUAACGCUGACUUCGAAGACGGCACGACUGCCCCAUGGGAGUUGAUAUCGGAGUAUGGGGGUUCCCUGGUUCUUGGCAGUGGCUUCCAGAGUCCAGCCUCUGGUAAAAUCCAGUUUGAUAGCAACAAUGGCAACCAGUAUAUCAGUCUUGUUGUGCAAAAGAUUAACAAGCAAGCACUCAGGGCUGGCUCGUAUGAUCUCCAAGGCCGUACCCGCGUUGAUAGCUACAGCCAAGGCAACGGCUGUAGUACCAUCGUCAGCGCUUGCGUCACAUUCACUGGAUCUGGGACAAGCGUGAUUCCCGUGCCAGGUUCGAUAAUGCGGGCAAGCGCUGAGGAUUCCGCCAGUGACUGGUCACAGAUAGACACUACGUGCACCUUCACAGAUGAGAUGCUAGCUGGAGAUGACGACUACAGCGUUGUGUUUGGAUUCUCCUGUGCUAAUUCGGCUGCCUACCUUGACUCUGUUAAGCUCGAGUGGGCUACUGCAAUCCCCAACACCGACACUACCACAGUUGCCACCGACACUACUACGGCUGCCACCAAUACUGAGACUACGAUGGAUGCAAUGCUUUCGCGAUGGGUUGUACCCUUGGAGACCCAAACAACUAUGAUCGUGUUCCGGGUGGGACUCUAA